CCGCCGGAUCGCAGUUUGGCGAUCGCGAAUUUGGCGCGCAAGUCGCAACGCCGUUUGUUUUUUUAGUUGGUUUAUUAAAAAAGAUUUACCUAUAUCUGCUUAAUUUUCCAAAGAAUUUUGUUGGUUUCGGUUGUAACCUUAUAAUUAGAUCUAGGAGUCGUGAUUAAAUAUCAUAUUGAGUCUCCUACAUUGCUACUAAGGUGUUACGCGUACGACAUUCAACACAACUUUCAUGUCCAUGUUCAUUAAGGCCCACCUGUUUGUAAACUCAAUUGAGGUCUCCCAGAAUUUUUUUGAGGUCUUCUAAAGACUACCUUGAUCACUAUAUUGUCAGAAAUUCGAAGAUGGAAUUAUAACCUUCUAACCUUUUUUGGAAUCAUAAUGAACUGGACAACGGAGUCUUCUUGUGAUUCAAAUGAAGAGGAUAGGUUUGUGAAAGAUAAGGAAAAACAAAGGACAGAAACUCAAGAAAAGUCAAAGAGUAGAAAAAGACCUCGACCGACCAGUAAAUGCGAAGCAGAGAAAAAACUAAGCAGACCCCCGAGAAAACCAAUGGAGUUUGAAACGGACCUAUCCGUGCUUGGGAGACGCCAAAAACAAAUAGACUAUGGGAAAAACACGGUCGGAUAUUUCAACUAUACAAAGAAAGUGCCACUUGACCAGCGUACUAAAGAUCAUCCAAGAACUCCUGACAAAUUUGUAAAAUAUAGCAGACGAUCGUGGGACUCUCUUAUCAAAAUAUGGAGAAAACAGUUACAUGAAUAUGAUGACACUCCUGAUAAACCAAAAGUUCCGCGGCAAUAUAAUGUAUCAGAAUCAGAUGAUGAUUCUUAGAGAAUUAAUUUAUAGAUAGCACACUAUUAGCAUUUGUUUCACUACUAACAUACAUUGUAACUAUUCUUUUUCAUGUUUAAGAUUAAGACAGAUGAAAAUAACUGUGAAGUAUUAUUGUACUUUGUUUAUUCAAUAAUGAUUGACAUAUUAAAAAUAUUUUUUUUCAA